AAGUUUGGCUAUGGGUCACACAGGGUUAAAAAGGACACAGUUUAUGCUAUAAAUGUCUGUAUGUGAGUGUGUGUGUGAGUGCGUAUAUGUGUAUGUAUGUGUGUGUGUGUGUGUGUGCGUGUGUGUAUGUGUAAGCACUUACAUCAUAGAAACCAUUCAGAAGAUUUGCUAUACUCAAAACAUACAGCGUAUCAUAAAGGAGUUUGAGCUAAACUGACCACAAAAUCCCUAAGGAUUACUUUGAAUGUGUGGAGGAAUAUACCUAAAGAUAUUUCAGUAUUACCACAAUGUCGCUGAAGACCAUAAAUAUCGUGAAAUUAGUUUUCUUUAUUUUAAACACUCUCUUUCUGGUACUGGGAGUGGUGAUACUUGCUUUAGGAAUCUACCUUCAGAUAUCUGAGGCAGCCGUCUAUAUGGCAGUUCUACCAGAAGUCAAGUUUACCAUUAUUGUUUCUUUAUUGGUUGCUGCUGGUAUUAUUACCAUUAUUGUUUGUAUCCUUGGUUUCUGUGCAGCCUUCCUGGAGAGUCAUUGCUUGUUAAUUUUGUAUAUACUGUGUGUGUCCACUAUAUUCUGCAUUGAGAUUGCAGCAGGAGUGAUUGGUUUAGUUCGUAAGAAUGAGUUGGAGACUAACUUAAUCAACAAACUGGUUGAUAAUAUGAAAACAAGUGCUAAAAGCUGGGACAUCAUCCAGGAAACGUAUCUUCAUGGGAAACAGUUCUUUGACACACUGCAUUCAAUCAGAUCUCUACUUUGUACAUCCACCAACGCUACUCCUCAUGAGCAUCUCUUUAACUAUCAAAGAUGUUUGGCUACAGGAACAUCUAUGCCAUCAUGGCUUCUCAACUCAGGACCUGCGCUUGUGCAAAGGAACAAUCGCACCAGCAAGUAUGACCCUACCGUUGACCGAAUUGAUUGA